AUGACUGCUCGCAUUGCCAUCGUUGGAGCCGGAGAGGUCGGCGCCGCCACGGCGUUUGCUCUUCUCCGAGGCUCUCUCUACAGCGAGCUGUUGCUGGUCGACGUGAAGCCGGAAAAGCGAGACGGUCAGGUACGUGACCUGUCGGACGCGUGCUACGCCGAGGACAGCACCACACGAGUUCGAGCGGGGACUCUCAAGGAGGCGGGCGAAUGUGACAUUGUGGUCGUCACUGCCGGGUCGAAGAGGUCGAGAGGCGAGACGUCGCUUCAGCGGAUAGAGAGAAACACGGCCAUUCUCGAGAGGAUCAUCGACUCAUUAAGACCGAUCCGCUCCGACCUCAUCCUCCUCGUCGUGUCGCACCCCGUGGACGUGCUCACGACGCUGGCCCUGAAAUUGUCGGGCCUGCCACCGUCACAAGUCAUAGGCUCAGGCACGUUUGUAGACACGGUUCGACUUCGGCGAAUGCUGGCCGAUAAAUUCGAGAUCGCCCCUGGUCCCAUCAACGCCUACGUGCUCGGCGAGCACGGCGACUCGCAAUUCGUGGCGUGGUCGCACGCCUCGAUCGACGGGGUGCCCAUCGCCGAAGCUCUUCCCCCUCAGGCCUUCGACAAAGAGGAACUCGCCGACGAGUGCAAGCGCGAGGGCCAACGCAUCGUCGACACAAAGGGCGCCAUCGCCUUCGGCAUCGCUUCGGUGGUGUCCAACCUGUGCUCGUCCAUCAUCUUUGACCGCCGCGACGUCCGCGCCGUCAGCCACUUCCAGCCCGAUCUGGGCUGCUGCGUGAGCUUGCCCGUCGUCCUGGGGAGGCACGGCGUCGUCAAGCCGCUCCCGCUGGUUCUGUCCGCAGAGGAGAAGGCCAAGUUGGCCGAGUCGGGCAAGAUCGUGCGGGAGGCGACCCAGAAGUUAUUGGCUCCGUAA